CGACAGAUAUUUCCAAAAUGGCUUCACGAUAAGAUGGAUAACGACGCCGAAAAUGUGGAGGAAAAUGAAAAAUAUUCAUUUCUACUGGCUUCGGCAAUAAGAAACGAAGACCCUGAACAAUUUUUCAGCAUUUACGAUUCGAUACUGCCAAAAAAUCUCCCUGACAUUCAGGUAGAGUUGAUAAAAAGUAGGGCCCGUGAAAUUGCUGAUUUGCCAGAAGACGAAUUCAGUGCUUUGGUGUUGAAAGCCCGCACCUUUAGUCUGGCAAAAAGCAGGGACAAGAUGUCCUAUGAUGUAACUGCUACAGGAAUGUAUAAAACAGAGGACAAACCUUCGAGUGAAGACAAUGAUGACGAUUUAGAUAGGGUACAGCUCCGUCCCUUUGGUGGAUGUCCAAUGACAUAUCAGUCCUCGCCUUACAACAGGCGCCAAGAAUCAUGUGUCAUAGACAUGGAACAUGUAGAGAAACGCACUGACAAUGAUUCUGGUAUUUGUAAUUCUAGUAAGGCGACCACCAGUGUUGGCAGUUACUCGGAUCAGGAAGACAGUGAUGGAGAUGACCGAGGGUGUUUUGAUUAUUACCCCACAAACAUGACAAAUGUCAAAGUCACACCUACUACAACAUAUCACUUAGACUACGAUGAAGCACAUGAGGUGGACUCAGACAAAAACGACAUUGAAUCGCCCCGAAGUGGUAAGGGCAGUGAUAGUGAACCAACAUUUCAGGGAGUUAAGAUGAGGACUUAUUCUCGUAGAGCAACUCCCAAUGAUGACGCUGACUUUGAAACCGAUGAUGACAGUGAUACUGAUACCAGACAGCCACACCAGAGACUAUACAGGGGUAACAUUAGGAGAAAUACUAACUACUACACACCAAUGACCCGUGAAAGUUAUGAGGACUAUGAAAAUACCAGUACUUCCACUUUUUCAUUUGAAAACAGUCAAAGGGCACUCAAAGACAAAUCAGGAUCUUCCUUGCGUGAUGUUGAUGUUGAUGAUCAGAUUAAGUUUCCUAUUUAUAGUAGACACUCACAUUCCCCAUGCUAUGGCAGCACUAGUAGUGAUCGUGUUCGUAUUGAGAAAAACAGUUACCAGCGAGGGGGAUAUGGAAGUGAUCCCCCAUUUGGUCAGGGAAUGGACCAGCUCAAUAAGGUUGGAAGUUCAAUUGAAGAACUGAUUUCCAGCACCAAACACACGGUCGAUGGGAUGCCAGAAGGGAGGCCCAUUUCACAAAGUCUAGAUCUUGCUGCUGAAGAUGGAAAGAAAAAGAAGAAAAAGAAACGAGGCUCCAAAGAUGAUUUAGAUGAUAAAAGCAAGAGAAGGACUGAUUAUAGUGACACAGACGAAAAUGGAAAUCCGCGGAUAGAGUCUACACCACACCUAACGAGCCGUUACAGGCAAAUGAGAGAAAAUCCUAGGUCUCCUGGUUCUUUGGCACACCAGAAGCCCACAAACUAUGAUUCAAUCCGCCAGUUUGGUUCGUAUCAUUCUCUUGGAAAUAACGUGAGAGAAUUCGAAGACUCUUCAAGCACAUCUAACCAGGAGGCAACAAAAAAGUCCCGCAAAAAGAAAAAAGACAAAACCGUAGAGACUGUCCGAAAAUCAGAAGAAAUUGAAAACUAUCAAGGAGGCAAAGAAAUUGAUGAAAUUUUGUCAUUUAUUGAGAACGAUGGCACCGGGCGAAAGCCUAAAAAACUUCCCAAUAAUAACACAGUGGAUAUUAACUCUGCAAAGUCAACAGACAAAAACAAUAAAAGAAAUAAGGAGAGAAAGCCAAAGGUAACACAGGGAGACGUCAGGUCUGCCGAAAAGAAAGAAAAUAGCUCCGAAAAUAGUGACAAUUUGGAGGAGAAUCGUGAGAAUUCUGAGACAGGUAAAACUGAAAUGGGAAAUUCUAAUGAGAAGAUCAGUGCACCGGAAAUAGUGACUGACGACUGCCAUAAGGACAUUAAGGAACGGAAUCACAUUAUUCACAUUAUUCGUGAUAAGUGUGUGGAGAAAGACAUUAAAUUGGAGGGUGAGAUGAUGAAUGGGGAUGUAACCUCCCCUGAGGAGGAGGCUGUUGGGGGUUUCACCAAGAAAUCCCAAAUAUCGGAGCCAAAGGCAGCAAAAGAAUUAAUCAAUCACAAAGUGGAAAAUGAAAACCCUGAAAUUAUUGACACAUGUAAUAAAGUUACAAAGGACAUGAGAAAUGAUACAAACUUAAACAAUGUGAAACAAAAUAAUAUGAAAAAUCCAAAAAAGAAACCUAGUAACACAGUGCCUGACAGUGGUAAAAAAGACCCUGGUAAGACUGUUGUUGUGAGAGAGCCAGAACUGAAGACUGUUGAACCGAAAAGUGACACCAAGAACAGUAUAGUGGUGGACACUGAUGAAGUGGAAAAGGAAAGUGACUAUUACAUUUUUACAGACCUUGACUUUCCAAAACAAGUGGAAGAGGAAUUCAAGGUAGUUGGAAAAAAGAAGAAAAAGGGUGCUCCCAUUUCUGCCAAAGAAAUAAUGAGCAAGGAUAUUAGUGCUGCCCCGCGUGUUCCCUUAAAGGAGGAGAGGCGUCGACCUCAGAGGUCCAUCACUCCUCCACCCACCUCGCUUGUCACCUCCCUGGCCAUAGAGGCUGAGAGGAACAGGGUGAGGGACCUGAGCCCAUCAUCAUUUCCUGCUCUGGGUGCUGGCAGACAGGGAAGACAGUCUUUCAGAGAUGGACGUCGCAGUUCAACUGGAGAUGUACCAAAGGAAAUUCUUAUCAAACCUCAAGAUGACAGUGAUUUGGAAUCUGUUAAAUCACUACCUGCAUCAGCACAGGCUGUGUCUCCAAGACUCCAGAUUUCAUAUGCAAAGAUGGCUGCCUCUCCUAAGCCAAACAAUUCUGUCUCUGCAUGUUUUGAUGAGGAUCAAACUAAUGUGUCUGAUUUAAAAUCGGCGAUAUGGAAAGGAAGUCUUACAGAGCGAAGACACUCGAUAGGUUCUAGUCCAGACGGAAAAGACAAUGAAUCUUCUUCCAUUCGUCAAAAAUUCGGAAGUCAGGAAUUGGUUAAACCAGAGAAGGAGGAAGGUCUGUUCAAUUCCACACAGUUAUCUGGUUCACUUGAGAAACCAGGUGUGGAGACCAGCAACCAGAACUGUUCCCAGAAUUCAUCUGUGGAUAGUAGUGCUGCAAUUGACAGCAUGUCCAUCACUGAAACUGUGUCAAACAUUAGUGUAAAUAAAGCUGGUAAUAGUGAAUUCAAUGAACCUCUAGAAAGUUACUCUAUAAAUGUCACUGCCCAAGUGACAACAAAGAAUUAUGGUGCAAACAAUCAGAUGUCCUCUAAAAUGAAAGUGACAAAAUCACCUUGUUGUGAACCUCCUAAAACAAACAAAUCAGUGGCUUCUUCUAAACAAAAGGUUAGUACCAGAAGGCCAGCAAAAUCUGUCAUUUUUUUGGACAAGGGUGAGAAAGACCACAAAGACUUUGACAUUGUGUUUGGAUUUGAUCCUCAUCUGGAUAUGGAAGAACCAAAGGUGUCUGUUUCAAAUUCUGUUCCAAGCAGUAGUUUACAGUCCAGUAUGGUGUUAGCCCAAACAAAGUCUAGUGAAAGUGUUGCCAUAAACAUUUCUAAAGAAUUGCCCCAGGCUCCUGUGAUACACUCCAGAAGUGUUUCAAACAAUUCUAGUAAUAUCAUUUCUAAGGAUUACAAACAAUCAUUGAGAAAUUCCAAAUCAGCAAGUUUUCCAUUAGAGGGAAAGAAUGGAGUAAAAUCAUAUAGUACUCUGAUUUUGUCCCCAGACUCCAAGAACUCCGCCGCUCAGCUGUUCUCAUUCAUCAGUGAGGACACAUGUUCCACGGUGAAUGAACCAUCUGUGAUCUCUAUUGAAGCGCCACCUAGUGAGGAUGAUGGCUGUGUGGUGGUUGUAUAUGGGGAGGAGUGUGGUGCCGUGUUGGGGGCGGAGUCCAGGCGACCCUCAGGACGUCUCCGAUACAGGAAGGAGAACGGGGAUAUUUUUGGGUGCUUUAAUAGAGUUGAUGUAGCCAACUAUUUAACCAGAGAAUGGGAGAAUGUUUUGAAUAUGAAAGAUAAAAAUCCAGGAAGCGUUGUGGUCUACAAGCAGUGGUAGACUUGCUGUUCUUCAAGCUUCAUAUUGCCUUACCUAGCCACUUUGUGUUGCUUGUUUUUUUUUUGUUUUUUUUUUCCUCCUUAGUUUUAACCAUUGUUAAUAGAAAAAUCAAACAUGUUAUCUCUCAAUGUUUGUGGAUAGACAGUAUUUUUAUAUUCAAAUGUCUUGUGAAAAAAAAAUGAAAGCAUUGGUGAAAAUGAUAAUUUUUCUUUUACUGCAUUGUGUAUUAUCUGAGUGUACCACCACAGACGAAGCAGACAAACUUUGAAUUGUGUGCAGUUUGUAUGAUGUAACUCUUUCAUUUAUAUUUGCAUACAUUCCAGUAGUUAUGUUUGGAAUCUGCUGGGUAAAUAUUAUGAUAGUUAAUACAAAACCUGUUCAAUAUAAUAUUUUCAGAAGACUUUGGGGAAAAUAAAAUUUUCAUGUUAAUUGUUUCCCCAGUUUUUCUGUAGUAGAGCUAGAUUGGUAAUUCUUUCAUGAGAUGUGGGCAGUGGCCCACAAGCAUUAACCCAAAAAGAUAUUAUAUUCCAGCCAAGCAAUGUUUGAAAAAGGAACACAAUUUUUUUGUUGAUUGAAAUGUUUGUUCCAUAUCAAUAGUAAUUUCUGAUGUAGAAUUCUUUUGGGGGAAUAAUACAGAAAGUGGAUGUUUAAGUAGGAAGUUGUUGUUUUUAGGCAGAAAAUUUGCAAAACAUUCCUAAAGAACUUGAAAUAAAUUGCAAUAUCUGGGAAAUGUGUGAUUGUAAUGUUAAGUCACUAAAUAUUGUGUUCAUAGAGCAAGUCAUCUUUUCAUGUGAAGUUUGCACAUUUUCUUCAACUUGAUUGCAAACUGUAAACAUCUCUUCUGGUACAGCACUAAUUACUGGAAAAGUUUAUCAGACAAGAGGGGGGAUGAAUGCUUCGUAAUAUUUACUUUGUAAAUGUAGGACUGGGUAAUGAGGCCUAGUGAUUCUAUUUUGACGUUGAUUUGUGAAUGUGAAAUCAUUUUGACCACCUUGUGUAGUCAGUCAACAUUCAAUAGUAACCACCCAAUAGGAAGGGAGCCGAGAGGACACUGAUGGACAAAACUCAAUCAUCUACUGUAGAACAGUACAGAGGGGAAUUCAAAAUGGGAAUUAUUCUACGGAGAUGCAGUGAACUAGUAAAAUUAUAGGAGACCAGACGUGUGUGUGGACUGGACUCGGGGGGGAGGAAAUGUUGUGACUCUCACAAUUAUGAUGGAGUAAAUGAGAAACAACAAUUAUGUCGGGAGUAAUCCGGGUAGCAGGCAGUAGACCCCAACAUAGGUAAGUGAGAUUGUAUUUAUUGAUUCCAAACAUGAUAUCUAAAUGCCAUGUUAAAUUACAGAUAUUGUCGGGCCUGUUCUGGUCUAUGAUAUUGCUAUGCUUGGUGUAUUCAUUUUCUAUAGGGUUUGUGACCCCCCCCCCCCCCCCCCCCCCCCCCACACACACACACACUUCUAACAAAACUGUAACAGAUUAUAUUGAACUUUUGGAUAUAUAUACUCUGAAUGGCUUCAUGAGUGAUUGCAUAAGCCAAUGGAUUUAUCGUCAUUCACAUGUAAACAAAUGAUGGCAAAACACGUUUUCGGGUUAACACACAGUAGUAUAAGCUUAUUAUGGACAACAUUGAAGAUGAUAUCUGUAGGGUGUGUCAAAGAGGCAGAGGCGGAUUUUUUUUCCAGAGUCUUUCCUAAUUUUCAGUCACUUGUUUAUGUGCCUAAAAAUUCUGAGGGUAUUUCUUGGUACAUGUGUUUCAUCAAAAUUAAUUGAAAUGUUAGAUCUACUUGCAUACAUACUAGCUCUACACAAUCAUGAACUCUUGAUUGGCUAAAAGUCGACAUUCAGCUGAGGUCAAAAUUAUGUUUUAUGCUGGAUGGUGACUAUUGACUACCUUUUAUGACAUGUAAUCUGUUAAGAGAAAUGUGCUGGGUCACAAAACAUUUACUUAAUGAGAUGGGUUGCAUUUGAGUUGUGAUAUGACCUGCAACCUUGCACACUUCUAUCGUUAAAAUUAAAAAUUUCUGUUGGUUCUAUUUUCAGGUAUGGAGGAUGUCAUUAAUAGAGAAGACAGGAGAUUGCAGGGAUGAUAUUGAUGCCAGCCUUAUAAAUGUCAAAUUACAGACUCAAUUUCUUUAUUUGUUGCUUUUAUUUUAUUCAAAGAAAUAGAUUAAUCAAAAGGAUUUACGCCUGUUGAUCUUCCUGAAUUUUUGCUUUCUUUAUCAUAAAGUUUGUGUACAAGGAAUCAUGGCCAUUUGGUGGGAUCUAGUCGUUAGUGAUACAUCAGGACUAAUAGGGUUGGGUAUCAGAAAUUUGAUAUUCAGGUUUAUGUGAAUGAUCACUAACUGCUAUUUGUUGCAUUGAAUUAUAUUUAUUUUAAAUUUGCCUGUUUUGAGUAUGUUCAUGUUGCGCCAAUGGUGUGAAAUUCUUCAUACAAGGUGUUGACAGAUUCUUUUCUAUUACGGUAUGUUGUUUUUAAAUUCAGUAAAUUGAAAUAAUUUAUCAUGUACUGAUAUUUUUUCUCAUAUAAUUGCCCACCCCACUCCACCCUCAUUUAAAAAAAAAAAGUUCUAUCUUGUCAAACUUAUAAAGAGUCUGCAAUAUUUAUGUGAUCCAUACAUUGUUUCUUUAAAAAAAAACCUAACUAAUAUUCAAUUUUGUGGCUUGUUUGAAUCUACAUUUCGUAGCUGUUGAGUGGUUUUUUUUCUGUCAACACCUUUGUGAAGUGAUUUGAUUUGUAAAUGCAAAGCCAUAAUGACUAUCAUUUUCACUGUGGCAUUGUUACUAUAUUUGUAGCUAUUAGGUUUGAAACAAAAGACUUUUCCUUUUGCUUUAUUGAUACGUUUCUGUUUUGUAAGUUUUUCCACAUAUUGUAUUUCAUGUUUAUUAAGAUUGUUAAAUGUCGAAUGAUGGUAUAUGUGGUACAUGAUCUUUUUGUGUUUAAAAAAAUAUAGUCAUAUGCUUUGUUAAAAGUGUUGAAAUUUUCUAAGUGAUGUUUAAAAAAUUUUGUAUAUUGAUAGAUGUAAAAACAAUGGGAGAUAUUUUGAAGUUCCCUGUUUUCUGUGUUUUGUAUGGGGAGGUACUUAAAAUUCAUUACGGUUGGGAGAUUAAAGAGAAAAUUAAAUAAAAAGAAAAAAAAGUUUAAUACAAUGCACAAAAAAUUAACAUUCAGGAUGCACAAGAAACAAUGCAAGUGAAAAUAUCUGUCAGUGUUGUUGCUUGUUUAAAAAAAAAUCAAGUGCAUUGUAAAAUAUUUAGAUAUGACUAAUGGGGAGGUUAAUAUUGCUAGAGGUUGCCAUUGAUAAAGAGGUGAAGAAAUGUUUACUGUUUUCCAGGGAAUUUUUAAAAUGUAAUAUGUUGGUUUUAUUUUGUUAGAAACAGUUAAUACUGAAUUUUUUUGGGUUUUACAUGUAUUAGAACCUACGAAAGACAAGGAAAUCAUUUUAAAAAAUGUUAACAUGUUUGAUAAAGAACAAACUAAUUUGUACCUUUUUUUAAAAAGAUGAUUAAAUUUUGAAGUGAUUUAACCAGUAUGACUGGGUGAAAAAGUUCCGAUUUAUACCAGUUCUCAAGCGUCUGUUGCAGACAUCACUGCCAGUAGGUCUAACGGAAACAGUUCAAGCGAUCAAUGGAACAAUGUGAAACUUGAGAAGCUCAAUAUGCAUUGACACAGGACACUAUGUGUCGGGUUAUUAACAAUAAAUAAUACCUAUAUCA